AUGCCCACGGCGUUGGAAUCCCUCUCCAGGUCCUCCACGGAGGCCCCUCCGUUAGUGAAGCUCCUGAUCCUCAUUACGGGCAGCGUCGCGGCGGUGAAGACCGGCCUCCUGCUCGACCAGCUCGCCGGCGAGCACUGCAGCAUCCGCAUCGCGACGACCAAGUCCGCCCUCCACUUCCUCCACCGCGCGGAGCCCUCGAAGACGGGCAUCCCCUUCCAGAGCAUCCUCACCGACGAGCAGGAGUGGGCGACGUGGCAGCGGAUGAACGACGCCAUCGUCCAUAUCGAGCUCCGGCGUUGGGCGGACCUCGUCGUGAUCGUCCCGCUCGACGCCAACACCCUCGCGAAGCUCGCGAACGGUCUCUGUGAUAAUCUUGUCAGCUCCGUCAUGCGCGCGUGGGAGGUGCAGCGGAAGCCGGUAAUCCUCUGCCCGUCGAUGAACACCGCGAUGUGGAUGCACCCGAUCACGGCGAGGCACCUGGCGGAGCUCCGGGGGUGGUACGCCGUGGAGGGGAAGGGAAAAGGAAAGGAGGAGGGGGAGGAUCCCUCCACCGCGGGAGAGGGGGCACCGCCGGUGAGCCCCCUCCCGAAGACCCUCGCCGAGGCGAUGUUUCAGGUCGUGAACCCCGUUUCGAAGCGGCUGGCGUGCGGGGAUAUUGGUAUUGGCGGUAUGGCACCCCCCGAGGAGAUCGCCGCGGUGAUAACCCAAACCAUGGCGCUGAUACGCGAGAAGAAGCUAAGCGAAAUGGCUGCAUCCGAACUGACAAACUGA